CUCCUCGCAUCACGUGCAGGGGGGGCGCUCAGUUGACGUCCCGUCAAGGCGGAAGGCGGCCGCCAUGGACCAGGCCGGGAAGGAGAAGGAGGCGCUGCAGCUGUUGGCCGAGGCCGACAAGAAGGUGCGGGGCUCCCAGUCCUUCUUCGCGGGGCUGUUCGGGGGUUCCUCCCGCAUUGAGGAAGCAUGCGACAUCUACGCCAGAGCCGCCAACAUGUUCAAAAUGGCCAAAAACUGGAGUGCUGCAGGGAACGCCUUCUGCCAGGCAGCACAGCUGCACCUCCAGCUGCAGAGCAAGCACGACGCCGCCACCAACUUCGUGGACGCCGGCAACGCCUUCAAGAAGGCGGACCCCCAGGAGGCCAUUAACUGUUUGAUCCGGGCCAUUGAGAUCUACACGGACAUGGGCCGAUUCACCAUCGCAGCCAAACACCACAUCUCCAUCGCCGAGAUCUACGAGGGCGAGUUGGUGGAUAUCGACAAGGCAUCGCGCACUACUGAAGCAGGCAGCGGUUGCAUUUACUACAAAGGGGAAGAGUCCAACAGGUGCCCUCAAGGUUGGGCUGGGGGGGAUUUUGUGGGGGGGGGGUCUUGUUGCCACGUUGACCCCCGUUGGUUUCCUCCUGCAGUUGCCGUGCAGAAAUACGAGGAGAUGUUCCCCGCCUUCACGGACUCCCGUGAAUGCAAACUGCUCAAGAAGCUGCUGGAUGCCCACGAGGAGCAGAACGUCGCACGGUCUUUGACACCGACCAUUUGUUGGUCAAGGGUGAAGGAGUUAGCAGACUCCAUCUCCCGCCUGACCAGUGCUGACCACCAUGUUACUGGCAUCAAUGUAAAACCUAUCCAGGGGAGGAGGAAGAUUUGCCGCUGGACCCCCCCUCCCAACGACCCCCCCUCGGAAAUCCCCCUGCCGAAUAAAACGUUGCAUGUGAGCCGAGGGCGCUGGUAG